UCCUUAUGACAGUUGCAACUUUUGUUUACGAACCGAAUGCAGACGGUGCGCGAUUCGUUGCCGUUCGGCUGGAGUACAGAACGCACGCACACUCUUGCAUCUCGUCUGCAUUACAAAGCACGACGUUGUUAUCGUCGGAGGCCGUUCGUUCUCAAUUGUUGUAAGAAAAACACUCGCACACACGUUUGACGGGAGCUUUGCGCUUCUUGUUCCCAUGUACAAUUGUUGCUUUCAUUUGGCGGCACAUUCAAAUGUGAAGCAUCAAUCCAUCGGUUUCGCAUCCCGAGACGAGCGGCGAAAUUCGGGUGCGGGGGUAGUAGUAGUCGAGAAAAUCAAUUCAACACAUCCAACAGCCGCCCACUAUAAAUAAACGCAAAAGGCGUACCAGCCCGAAGAAUCGCAUUAAGUAUUAAACAGUGAAACUUAGUUUUAAAACAUUGAACAUUUUUGGUGAUCGAAGAAUCAGGAUCAGGGAGGAAGAAAAUAAUCGUAUAGAGAGAAAAUCAAGUUUAGCAACAACAUGAAUCCUAUGUACGUUGAACUAUUGAUGGCCAUCUGCUGCCUGGCGCUACCCUUCCUGUACGAGUCCAGCCAGAGCUUCAGGUUCUACGUAAAGUUCAUCUCGUACUAUGUCGUCGUCUCGUUCUUCGCAGUACUCUUCAUUCCGAUCUUUGCGUUCAGACCGAAGAACGUCCGCAACUUAGUAAUAAGCUCAUAUAUUUGUAAGAACGUUUCGCCGCUGCUGGGGCUGAAAUGGAUACUUCGUGGGAAGGAGCAUCUGGAGAAGGAGAGGGCUUGUGUCAUUGUGGCGAACCACCAAAGCUCCCUAGAUGUUCUAGGAAUGUACGAUAUGUGGCCGAUAAUGGACAAAUGCACGGUGGUUGCAAAGAAGGAGCUUUUCUACAUCUGGCCCUUCGGCCUUGCCUCAUGGCUCUGCGGUCUCAUAUUCAUAGACAGGAUGAAUUCCAAUAAAGCCAAGGAGGCUAUGAACGAAGCCGGUGAGCUGAUCAAGAGAAAAAAGAUAAAGCUGUGGGUGUUUCCGGAAGGAACGAGGCACAACACCGGCGAAAUCCACGGAUUCAAGAAGGGCGCAUUCCAUCUCGCCAUCGCAGCGCAAUUGCCCAUCCUCCCAGUCGUCUACAGCAGGUAUUACUUCCUGGACGAAAAGAACAAACGCUUCGAUACAGGGAAAGUGAUUAUAACAACGCUCGCGCCGAUUUCCACGGAAGGCAUGACAACGGAGGACCUUGAGAAGCUUAUGGAUAUGACUCACAAGGCCAUGAGCGAGACGUACCUCGAGACCAGCAAAGAGGUGUGCAGUAUGUGCAAUCUUGAAGAUGCUGAUGGAAUCAAAGAAAAAACCAAAACGAUGAAUUAAUGUUCUUGAUAAACACACCAAAAAAAAUUCAACAACAAUAUGUAUUAAUAACAGACAAAACAAAAGUAAGAUAUAAAUAACCAAUUCUAGUCAAUAGUUUUCUUUGUACAUCUUUUUUGGAUUUACGUGUGUGUAAAUUCGGGACGAUUGAGGUGUGAGCACAAAGAUAAACUGAGGCACUACAUACAAAUUUAAGAAUCGAAUUUCGUUAGUGAGAUCGUGUAAUUACCAUUAAUUCUUGUUCUCGGAUAAACAAAAGAAAGCGAAAGAAAAAAACAACAAACAAACAAUUAUAUUUAUUAUACUAU